AUGUCCGGAGACGAUGGAGAGGGCGCCCAGCUCUCGACGAACCAGGAGAAUACGCUGCAGACAUAUCUGGCUGUGACGGGCCAGGACCGAGAGGCUGCUAUUCCGCUGCUCAGGCGCUCAGAAUGGAACGUCCAGAUUGCUAUAACCAGGUUCUUCGAUGGGGAAGCUCCAGAUCCCGUCGAGGAAGCUCGAGCAGCCAUGGAUUCUUCCGGGGUACCGCCUCCUAUACCGCAGACUCGCGAGAACCUCAUGGCUUCUGACCUGUACUCGAGCUCGAACAUACUAUCAGCCAUACGGCAGGCCGAUCCAGCCCCCCGGAUAACGUCUCAGCCGAACGAUACCCCUCCCUUCCGGCCGCCGUUUCUACUAGCUCUCCUGUUUACUCCAUUUAAUCUAAUAUAUAGGCUGCUCUCUGGCUCCCUCCGCCUAUUCGGAACAUUAUUCCCCUUCCUACCUCGCCUAUUAAAUACCUUCUCCAGCUCGGCAAUGUCGAGAAUUAAUAAGUCUUCUCAGGGGAGAAGAGCUCUUGCUCCAAAGGAUACAGCAGCCCGGUUCAUUCGGGAGUUUGAGGAAGAAUAUGGGCCUCACUCGCUCCCGUUCCUUGAAAACGGAUAUAACAUGGCUCUUGAGAAGUCCCACAAGGAUCUCAAGUUUCUGCUAGUCGUUCUACUCUCUCCGGAACAUGAUGACACCGACGUCUGGGUGCGGGACACCCUACUCUCUCCGGAGGUAGUUACAUACAUAAACGACCCUUCAAACAAUGUGCUUCUCUGGGGUGGAAACGUCCAUGACUCUGAAUCAUACCAGGUGGCCAACUCGCUUAAAUGCACAAAGUUUCCCUUUGCAGUAGCCAUUGCUCAUACCCCCAACGUCUCAUCCACCGCCAUGUCGAUCAUAGGUAGGAUUCCAGGCCUCACUUCCCCUUCCGAGUUCCUUGAGAAGCUCCGUGCAGCUACGAAUCAGCAUAAGGCCUCUCUCGACCGCGUCCGCUCCACGAGAGCAGAGCAACAGGCUUCACGGACGCUACGGCAGGAACAGGACUCUGCUUAUGAACGUUCCCUGGCCCAGGAUAGGGAACGAGCAAGACAGCGACGUGAGGCUGAGGCCGAGCGUGAGCGUCAGGAGCGAGAGGCCAGGGAGCAGCAGGCCGCUGCUGAGAAGCAUUACAAGGACCUCCAGCAGUGGAAGAAAUGGAGAGCACAAUCUAUACCUGCAGAGCCAUCGGCAGACAACAAGGAUGCGAUCCGUAUCAGCCUUCGCUUGACUUCGGGAGAUAGGGUCAUACGACGCUUCUCCGGUGAUGCUGAUAUAGAGGAAGUCUACGCGUUCGUUGAAUGCUACGACGUACUACACCCAAGUGAGGAGGACAAUGCCAACAAGGAAGACGAAAAUAGCUCGGAAGUUACAGAGCCAGAAAACUUCGAACAUAAGUAUGGGUUCCGUCUUGUCUCGCCAAUGCCUCGUGCUGUAUAUGAACUUGAAGCUGGAGGCACGGUAAGGGAGCGAAUCGGCAGAGGAGUCAACCUUCUCGUUGAGAGUAUCGAGGACGAUGAAGAGGACGAGGACGAAGAUGACGAGUAA